CCUUUCCCCAGUUUGUCGGUACUUGGGUUUAGUACAACAUUGCUAGGUCAAAUCCUACCAGAUCUGCACGUUAGUUGGUAAGCAGUAAGGAGUAUUGAAAUUUUAUAAAUGAGGGCUGCGAGGGAUAACUAGUUCGUGUCGCCAAGUUGAUCCGACCGACCGACACUCCACGUACCAGGGACAUUCAAAUAUCACUUGAACCCACUACGUAAAGAAUACAACAAGUAGGACUGACCUGUAGGAAAAUUUACACCAGUCGAAUGAGAGAGAGAGAAAAAAAAAAAAAGGAAGGACGAAAAGAAAGAAAGAAAAACAAAACAAAAUAGAAUAACUCACACCAGUAAUAAAAAAUAACUAAACAUGAUUAUGAAAUUCCAAGUUUCUCAUCACGUCUCCUUUUCCCUCCUUACGAAUGAAGCCCAGUAUUCGCUGUGAGUACUAAUAAGGUCAAUGUAGGCCAUCGUCUAUCCUCAUUUGAAUUGUCAUGAGCUAUUCUCAGCCCCAAUAAAACUUGCGCUGAGUUUUGUGUUGAUAAAUACGGGAGCGGCCCGAAGCCGAACAUUUGUGCUUUGGCCCCCAACUCACUAACAAAUACAUCACGGACCCGAAAACGAAAACGUGAACCGUUCAAAUGGAAACUACUGAUCUUACAGAUUCGCCAAAAGGCCGUGGACGAAAUGGGUUAUUGACUAGGAGACCCCCAACUCCCCCAUCCACCGCCCCCGUCCCACAUGAUCCUCGUCCUCGAGACUACACUAAUACUCUUGCUUGGGAUCUCCCUCCUAUCUACCCUCCUACUAGCCCAUCAACGAAGGCUUCAACCUCGACGUUAAAGUCAACGGCGACAACGAAUGGCUCAUCGUCGUCGUCGUCCUCACUUCCAAUCGAAACUGCCGAUCCUUUCCAAUAUGUACCAUCUAACUUCGACUUCGGAGCUGGUCCUAGCGUCGGCGGUGACGGGGGAGAUGACCCCGUCGAGAACUAUGACUACCGCCAGACUACUAAGAAAAGUUUCGCCAAGGCAGCAACCGGUUCAAGUUCUUCGAGGCUCUUCCGAUCAAUAGUCUAUAAAUUUGGCCGCACAUUUAACAGGAAUUACUUCUUGCCCCAUGAUAAGCAAGAGCAAGAGAGGAAUAACCUUCAACAUGAAAUCAGCGUUGACGUACAUGAUGGGGCCUUGCAUAUCUGCCCGGUGACGAAUCCCAGGAGAGUGCUUGAUGUCGGUACCGGGACAGGAAUAUGGGCAGUCGAGUUCGCAAAGAGGAAUCCUGACUGUUACGUACUUGGAACAGACCUGAAUCCCGUGCCAGAUCCGCCCUUUAUUCCACAUAACUGUCAUUUCCUCAUAGCAGACGCUGAUGAGGAAUGGAAAUUUGGCAGCCCGUUUGAUCUCAUUCACGUGCGAAGCCUGGGUGAGCCCGCUAAUAAACGCCGGCUGUUUAAAUCCAUCUACGACAAUCUCGCACCCGGUGGCUGGGUCGAGUUUCAAGAGUGGCUUCUCCAUGUUCAGUCCUCGGACAAAUCUGUUGAAGGCACAGCUUUCCAAAAGUGGAACGUGUUUUUGACUGAAGGUCUCGAAAAGCUAGGAAGGUCAUUAUUCUACAUCCUCGAGUACAAAGCCCUGCUGAAAGAAGCGGGGUUUGAAAAUAUCGUCGAACUGAAAUACGCCGUGCCUACUAAUACUUGGGCUCCCGGGAGGCAGUAUCAAAGGAUCGGCGCACGGCAGAGGAUUAAUACGCUGGAGGUCAUCGACAUCUACUCCCGCGGUGUGUUUACGCAAGGGUUGGGGUGGUCUAACCACGCGGUAGACAAGCUAUUAGCUGAAGCGCGGAAGGACAUUGAUAACACGCGUAUUCACUCGUUUUCUACUCUGAUGACGGUCUACUGCCAGAAGCCUCAAUCGACAUCUCCGACAUCAUCUGGCACAGCAAAAUCGUCACCUAAGUAGCAGGGGGUAAUACAAGUCACCAAACAACUUUGGAUUAGGAAGUAUAUACUACCUAGGUAUGCAUAUAUAAUGCUGAAAGUUUAGAGGAUGAGUUUGGAAUAGCAUAGCGUUCAAGUACAUGGCGUAUGGAGUAUUUUUAUUACCUUAAUUAGGUAUUUUAGGUACACGGGAUUUAUGAUGGAAUACCUCGGGCAGCAACAUCGUUACGGAUAGGGAUAGGGAUAGGAAUAGGAAUAGGAAUAGGAAUAGGUACCUACAGGUAAUCAGUGCUUCUUGACUCUUGGAACUUGGCGCGGCAUGCAUGGAUCUUGUCUCCCGGACCGUCAGAUUCAAACCCCGUCUGUUGUAGAGUUUGGGUUCAUGCACUCUGGUUACGAAGUUGACGUGAAGCCUCAAAUUUCAAUAAAUACAUAUGCUGGGCUCACUAUAUGAACCGUGUCGUACGAUGCAAGCCCACUUUUAUCCUCGGC